CUGAAAAUGGCGGCUUGUGCGUCGAACAGCUCUAACUUUAUCGCAUAAUAAUAAUAAUAAACACACACCAACACUGACCGCCGCUGUCACAAUAACAUGGGCAGAAACUUGACGGAGAGGCCUCACACACUGUAGUUGGGAAACGUUACCUUGACGACCGCGACUGAGUAACAACCAAGAGAGAUUAUGGAGGAUCCAACACGGUACAGCAAAAGAUUGCGUACAGGUACGCGGCGCCGUUACCAGGACGAUGGGAUUUCAGAUGAUGAAAUCGAAGGGAAGCGAACGUUUGACCUGGACGAAAAGUUGCAGUGCUGCAGGUUUGGCUCUGACUUGAUCAAACACAUGGAGGGCAAAGAUUUCACAUUUGAAUACAUUCAGAAGGAAGGGCUAAGGGACCCCAUUGUCUUUGAGAAAGCUGAUGGCCUCGGCAUUCAAAUGCCAGACUCUGAUUUCAGCGUGAGUGAUGUCAAGUUGUUUGUUGGUAGUCGACGCAUUGUAGAUGUGAUGGAUGUGAACACUCAGAAGGGAAUCGAGAUGUCAAUGGCUCAGUGGCGGCGCUACUAUGAGACGCCACCAUCAGAAAGAGAGAAACUCUACAAUGUCAUCAGCCUAGAGUUCAGCCACACCAGACUAGAGAAUCUAGUACAACGACCAGCCUCGGUGGACCUUAUUGACUGGGUGGACAACAUGUGGCCCCGCCAUCUCAAGGAGAGACAGAGGGACUCCACUAACGCCAUCAUAGACAUGCACUAUCCCAAAGUACAGAAGUAUUGUCUAAUGAGUGUGCAGGGCUGCUUCACAGAUUUCCAUAUCGACUUUGGUGGCACUUCAGUCUGGUACCAUGUACUCCGAGGCGGAAAGGUGUUCUGGUUGAUCCCACCCUCACCCCAGAACCUGGAGAUGUAUGAGAACUGGGUUUUAUCAGGAAAACAGGGAGACAUCUUCUUGGGGGACAAGUGUCAUGACUGUCAGAGGAUUGAGCUCAAACAGGGCAACACCUUCUUGAUCCCGUCAGGCUGGAUCCAUGCUGUGUACACCCCAGAGGACACAUUGGUGUUUGGGGGAAAUUUCCUCCACAGCUUUAACAUUCCCAUGCAGCUCAACAUCUACAGCAUUGAGGAUCGCACACGGGUGCCAGCAAAGUUCCGCUACCCGUUCUACUAUGAGAUGUGCUGGUACGUCCUGGAGAGAUACCUCUACUGUCUGACUAAAGUCUCCCACCUCACCCCUGAGUUCCAAAAGUACUCCCUAGGCAUAGGACUGACUGAAGCUGACGUGGAAUCAAAUGAUCACCCCAGGAAUGGCGCGUCCAAUGGAGUCGACAGUGAUGCUGAAAACAAGGAUAUCAAGGUGAAGGAGGAAGAGGAAAUCAAAGAAGAAGAGGAGGAAGUUGAAAUUGUCAAACCUCAGCACACACUGACCCCCUUUGAGCUGGAGGGACUGUGGAACCUCUUAGGGAAGCUGGAGGAGCUGCCAGCACACAAAAAGUGUGUCCCAGCAGGGAUCAGGAAUGCUGCAGCCCUGCUAGAGGACAUGAGGGCUCUUCUGAAGGAGCAUGCCAACGAUAACCCCAAGCUGUCCUACACUGGAGAGCCAAUUGUCAAGUGGCCCGAAAGGCCGUCAUGGUACCAGCCUCCCACACCUCCUCCCCCUGUGAUUUACCGUCCCCGCUUGGGCCCCACCCUCCACAAGCCUCUGGGUCAGAAAUCCACCAAACGCUCCUCCAUCUCUGCCCUGAGGCGCAGACGGGUGAGGUGCAAGCGCUGUGCCGCCUGCUGCAGGAAGGAGUGCGGCACGUGCCAGUACUGCCACGACAUGAGGAAGUUUGGCGGCCCUGGACGCAUGAAGAAGAGCUGUAUCAUGAGACAGUGUCUAGCACCGGCCUUGCCGAACACAGCACGAUGUGCCAUAUGUGGAGAAGGAGAAUCAGAGGAGUCGAACCCAAGUGCUCACACGCUUAUGGAGUGCUCUGUCUGCUCCCAGAUUGCUCAUCGUCAAUGCAUUAAGGAACCUGGUGAGGGGAAGGUUAAUAAGGAUUUGCCAAGCUGCUGGGAAUGUCCCAAAUGUUACCAAGGCAAAGACUCCGCGUCAGAGUCUUCCAGUGAUGAGGAAAGUGGUGAGUCGGAGGGCUCAACCUCUUUGCCACCGUCCAAACUUGCAUAUCGGGAAGGCAUUGGUGUAAGCGAAAGGGUGAGACGAACGAGACGUGGCAGACCCCCAGCACGACAGAUAGCACCGCCACCCUCUCAGAGACUGCUACUGCAGCAUCAACAGAACCGCAAACGAGCAAAUGCACUGGAGCUCAGACUCAAGAAGAGGAUAAAACUGGAACGCAGUAAGAUCUUAGCGAAACAGUCGUCUCUAGAUCGUUCUCCCAGGCUGCUGAGCUCCAGACUAUUGUCCCGGCUACGCUCUCCAACCAGCAGACUAUCUCAGGGCAGAAGCCGAAGCACCACCUGGGCUAGUGGCUCCUCUUACCACAGCUCUCCAGGAGGGUCUGGUUCCUUCCAGCAGCAGCAGUCUUCCAUAGGUCUGGUACUUGAGUCGACGGGUGAGCCCCGCAGAGGGAGGGGAAGAGGGGUGAGGCUGCGAGGUGGAGGAGCAGGAAGAGGAAUCAUAGGUGGUCGAAGCCAUGGAGAGUUGGAGGAGGACAGUGAGGACAGCAGCAGCAGCAGCUCCAACAGCAGCAGCAGCAGCGACGAUGACGAGGAAGAGGAAAGGGGGCAGAACAACGGGAGGGGAGGCGAUAAAGAGAACCAGCCGCAAUCGAGGCAAGGGGGACGGAGAACCAAAGAAAGAGAAGAGGAAGAGAGUGAGGCAGCCAACCAAAAUGGUGCAGAGGAGGAGGAUGAGGAGGAGAUGGAGCAGGACAGUCAAAUGGUUGACAAAGACGGCUCAUAUCUUAAAGUGACACUCCAAAGGCCGACUAGGGCCAAGAGAGACCCGUCAGCCAUUGUCCCCAAAUUAGAGGCUAUCGCCUCUCAAACUGCCGCUUCCACAAUACACAACCCAACUAGACCCCUCGCCAGACCGCCCAUCAGAAAUCGGUUUCCCGAUCAACACUCCAGUAGGCACGCACCACCACUCACUCGCAGUAAACACACAGACACUCGGCCCUCCCACCCAGAGAGGCUGGACGCCUCUAAAAGAGCGAGGCUGAGCCGACCGGCUAAACUAAGCAAUGGUGCCUCCUCUUCUUCAUCCACUGAGCUUCCUCAUCUCCGCAUCCCACUUUCAGCCUUGCAGGAGGGUGGGAGCGAGGCAGACAGGGAUAGCAGUGGGAGUGGGCCGGGCUGUGAGAGGGAGGUGUGGGUUUCUGUCUUCCGCUACUUAAGUCGAGCAGAUCUCUGCGUUUGCAUGGCUGUCUGCAAGAACUGGUACAAAUGGUGCUUGGACAAGCGGCUCUGGUCGCGCAUUGACCUGAGCAUCAAGCGCACCAUCAGUCCUCAGGCCCUAACAGGCAUCAUAAAGAGACAGCCAGUCACACUCGAUCUCUCCUGGACCAAUAUCUCCAAAAAACAGCUCAACUGGCUUGUUGGCCGCCUGCCUGGACUGAAGGAUCUGAUGCUGUCAGGUUGCUGCUGGUCAUCUAUUUCAGCUCUCUGCUCCUCUAGUUGCCCCCUCCUCCGUUCUCUGGACCUGCGGUAUGCAGAUGGGGUCAAAGACUCUCAGAUCAGGGACUUAGUUACCCCACCAGGCUGUGACAAUCGCAGCCAGCUGCGGACCAUGCAAUGUCUGCGACUAGCUGGCCUGGACAUCAGCGACUCCACUCUACGCCUGGUGAUCCGCCACAUGCCCCACUUAACAAAACUGGACCUUUCCCACUGCAACAGCCUUACAGACCACUCCAUCAACCUGCUGACUGCAGUGGGCUCGUCCACCCGAAACACACUCGCAGAGCUCAACCUGGGAGGUUGCAGUAAAUUGACAGACACGUGUCUCAAGUAUCUGCGACGCCUGUCUUGCAUAUCACUGCUCGACCUGCGAGGCUGUAAAGGAGUCUCCCGCAAGGCCUGUGAGGCCUUCAUCUCUGACCUGUCAGUCAACACACUCUACUGCCUAUCAGAUGAAAAACUGAUCCAGAGGAUAUCCUAAGCACCUGCCCCCUCUGGUAUCAGAGGUGGUGGAGGUGGGGGGUGGUGGAUCCUAAUGUGAAUCUGUGUGACACAAAAGGACCCAGAAAGGCAGGGAAGUUCACAUGCACCUGUGUCAUGUAAAAGCAGGGGUGGGGUCUUUAAUGGGGGGGCACUUAUUCACUUAACUGGUGUUGGGGAAAGGGGGUUGUCACGGCUGGAACUGUUUCUUUUCAAUGUACAUUUUUUCCCCCCAUGUACCUACAAAAAAAAAAAAAAAAAAGAGACUCAGGAGCUUUUUGGUUUUUUUUCUGAUGUUGUGUGAAAAAGCAGAAUAUUCUUUUUUUUUAUAUCGCCAGAAAUGGGAGAGAAUAAGCAGUUAACAAUAAGCUGCAUUAGACUACACAUCCAUUGGGUAACUGCUUUAUAACAAAGCUGGCUUAAAUCAUCCUUGGCUUAAAUCAUUUUGACUCCCAACACAAACUCCUGCCUUGCAAAUACAAUUGGUAAAGACUUUUAAGUUUCAUACUUUGGGGGAAUAACUUUUGUUUUGCUGAUCCCCAUAAACUCACUUAUCAGCUACAUUUAGGUGCUUCUUACAUGUUGGAUUGUCUUUUGUCACAUUUGAGAACAACAGUUGAAUCAUUUUGUGGAAUCACCGGCUGAUAUCUCCUUUUUUAAGACUCAUGCUUUAUGCACAAAAUCUAUGCGUUGAGAUUUUUUUUAAGACGACUAAAAGGUGAGCUGUUAAAGUGAAAUUCAGUAACGGCCUGUUUACCAGCUGUGUGUUAAGCUUGAAAAAGACAUUUGGGUGCAACUUUCCAGUGGUAUGUGUGAUAAAAGUAGACGUGAACAUAAAAGGAUAAUGUGUGAAAAGUCAAUCAACUGACAACAAGACCUCACCCCAACAAGGGCAGGUUGCAUUAAGUGUUUGGGGUAAGCCAAGGAUUACUUGUCAGAUAAAUGGUGCAUUUUCAAACAACCGUUAGACUUCAGGUGCUAUUAUUUCAGAAUUCCUCUUGCUUUGUUUUUUUUGUACAGAGACAACAUUUAGAGCAAAAGUAUUAAUAUUCUAGGCGAAAACUGCUCCCCCACCCCUCUUUGAUACACAUUUUUUGUUUAUUGUCAUGGAUGAAAAUGUGAGCAUCUACUUUUCACUGAAUUUCAUGACCUUGUCCAAUUCAAUGUAGAUUUUUUUUUUGGGGCGGGGGGCAUUGCUUAUUUCUUUGUUCCCUUCAAGUAUAGUGGUUCUGUAUCAAAGGUCCUGGCCAUAUCCCUUCAAAUGAAUAUAAAUAUAUAAAUAUAUACUUUUGUGUAAAUGUGUUUUCCUCUUUUAGAUUAUCAAAACGGGAAUCCUGUAGCAUUGUAAUUAUUUUCAGAAGUGUUUUUCACUUUAUGUUAUUUGUGUUAUUUUUCAAGAAAAAUAAAAAAAAUGAUAAACAAUGGGCAACCUCUAUUCUUACAGGUAGUGGGAAGUAUUCUACAGU